CCAGGCUGCCGCUCCAUCGCUGUGUCUUCGUCUUCUCUCGAGUUUCAGGUGAACGCUCGGAUUCGAACUGCUCGUCCAUGAGUCGCAGAGGGGACAUAGAUGAGGACAGCGAUGAGGACAGAGACGAGGACCGCGCCGGGACCCGCUCCGUGGCGUACGUCCACAGUUCCCAGUACAUCGAGACGUGCGACACUUUGUCCAAAGUCCCGCACCGGGCGAGCAUGGUCCAUUCCCUGAUCGAAGCCUACGGGCUGCUGCGACACAUGAGUGUGGUGAAGCCUCGUGUUGCCACCAUAGAGGAAAUGGCCAAGUUCCACACGGACUCGUACCUGGAGCAUCUUCAUAAAAUCAGCCAGGACGGAGACAACGACGACCCCCAGUCAGUCGACUACGGCCUGGGUUAUGACUGUCCCGUGGUAGAGGGGAUCUUUGACUACGCAGCGUCAAUAGGGGGCGCUACACUCACCGCAGCUCAGUGUCUGCUGGACCAAAAGUGUGAGGUGGCCAUCAACUGGGCCGGGGGCUGGCACCACGCGAAGAAGUGA